UAUGAUUAUCUGAUAUUAAUUCGUUUACUAACACUGCUUUAGACGAUAGAGACCUGAUAUUUAACAGUCCGCAUUUAAUUCUCCUGUUUUGUCUUUCUGUCACAGAAGAGGUUUUAAUUUUUAUGAGGUUGUUAUGCACAACUCCUCUUUGUUUAAUUUUAGAUUUAAAUAAUUUAGGUGGUCGGGGGACAGACACCGUUUGUAUAAAACUAUGAAAACUAUGGCUGGGUAACUGAACUAGAAGCUCAGAGAGGCGUAUAGGACUGCGUAACUUUGCAGUUACAUUUUCAACCUCUUGUCCUUUGGGUCUCCUUCCUUUAGAGGUCAGGCCUCCAAAGAUUGAUGAGGAGAGUGUGAUAAAAUUGUUUACAAGUUAGUUGUUCUUGCUGAAGAGUUUUAAUGAGAUCCAUGGAGAGCAAAGAAAUAUGAUAAACAAGAGAAUGUUCCACAGAUUCAAACACUUCACGGUGAAUUCUGGAGAUGAAAACUCUCUCAGUGUGUUUUCAGGUCAGGUAAUUGAAAAAAGACUCUCCAGUCAAGGUUACAUGUUUAGUCAGUAACAGCUCUUUUCACAGUUAUUUCCUUGUGUAUAAUCUGUCUGUUCAGUUUUUUAACAACCUUAAUGGAUGAUGAAUUCAAUGUAACAUAUAUAACUUUUGGUGGGCAUGUCGAAGUGGACAAAUACAGAUAUGUGUAUUUUGUGAUUAUGUUCAUAGUAUAUGUUCUAAUAAUAUGCAGUAAUUCCACUAUUGUGUACCUUAUCUGGGUUCACAAAAACCUUCAUGAGCCUAUGUACAUAUUCAUUGCAGCUUUGUUACUGAUCUCUGUCCUCAGCACUGCUAUCUACCCAAAACUUUUGAUUGACUUUUUAUCUGAAAAACAGAUCAUAUCAUAUUCUGCGUGUCUCUUUCAGUUUCAUGUAUUCUACUCUCUAGGUGGUUCAGAGUUCUUACUGUUGGCAGUCAUGGCUUAUGACAGAUAUGUUUCAAUAUGUAAACCUCUGAAAUAUCCAACUAUCAUGACCAAAACAACUGUCAGUAUUUUCCUGGUUUUAGCUUGGGUUCUGCCUGCUUGCCAGAUUGCAGUGCCAGCUGGUCUGAGUGCUAAUACAAAACUUUGUAACUUUAUUUUAAAAGGAGUUUUUUGUAACAACACAGUUUAUAAACUUCAAUGUGUGAUCUCAAAAGCACGUUUUAUACGAGAUAUGAUUAUACUGGUUAAUGUUGCACUUGUCCCUGUGCUUUUCAUACUUUUUACAUACACUAGGAUAUUCCUAAUAACUUAUCAGAAUGGUAGAGAAGUCAGAAAAAAGGCUGCACAGACUUGUUUACCGCACUUGAUCGUUUUGGUAAACCUUUCCUGUUUGUGUGUGUAUGAUGUCAUUAUAGUUGGACUGGAACCUGUUUUUCCAGAAAUUGUUCAUCUAAUAAUGACUUUACAAAUUGUUUUGUAUCACCCUCUAUUUAAUCCAAUCAUGUACGGAGUAAAGAUGAAAGAAAUUUCCAAACACCUUAAGAGGUUGUUCUGUCAAGCCAAAAUGAAGUAA